AUGACGGGUGGAGACACUGGUCUGGCGGACGCUCAGUGGCUGGAGGUUGCGGGGGCUAAGCCAUAUUCGUUGUCCGGCAACUUGACGAUCAAAACAAUCAACACAACACCCACCGCCAUGUCCAAAGAACCAUGGCUAGCCGAACUUCCAGACGAAGACUGGGUUUCUCAACCGUCGUCGCCGUGCCCGUUGCCGCAUUCGCCGUCUCUUCCCUCGAGCCCGAGUCAGCAAUCGGCGCGCAAGUGCAUCGGCUGUUCGCACCGCAGCCGAAUGCCUAAGCCAGAACCAGUAUCACCGAGUGUCAGAGGGAAGAACACCCCACGGGGUGCGAGACAGGGGCAAACAAGACGUGGCGGAAGUACAACUCCGACCAGUGUGCGAGCAUCGUCAUCACCACGACAGUCUCCGUCGACGCGGUCGCCUCGAGUCUCGAAUAACGCGCCGCCCAAGUCUUCCAAUACAAAACAAAUAACACCCGGUCGAAAAAAGCCCGCAUCCACACCUCUGAAGACCAUGGUCUCUGCAAAAUCGAGUACACUGAAAUCCAACGUCACGGACGGACAGGGAACAGUUCAGGUGCGGUCUGGUAAAGACGAUUCCCGGGGAACCCCCGAGUGGAAACGACGCCUCAUCCAGGGGGGGAUGGGUCCCGAUGAACAAUGCGACCUGUUUGCUCCAAUGGGGCUCGAGAGUAUGUUCAAAGGCCCCGCGUCGGGCGGUGAACCUGAAGACCGACGCGGUCAAACAAACGGCGCACAAACAAACCAACCCGUCGACGCAUCACGACGACAGUCAAACCCAGCACAAGACGGUCGGGCAAAGCCAAAUAGUCGACUGCGACAGCGUAGCCUAAACACCCGCUCUAUGUCCUCGAAACGCUCUAAACUCGGCUUGGACGGUGUCUCUGAUAUGGAAGGCCGGUCGCGAACGGCCAGCGGAGAGGAGGAUCGUCGCAAUGAAGGUAUAACACCCAUCUUUCUAUCAAGCAGCAACACAGUGGAUCGCCGCACUGGCUCGGGAGUUUUGCAGUCAGCACUGAAACAGCUCAAUCACAUUGCAGAUACCUCGAAAGAGAGCCGGACUGGGAGCAUCAAGCAGCAGCACAAGGGCACCAACGAAGCCGGCGAGCUGCUCAACUUCAGCAGUCCAUACUUCCCCGAGGACCUGUCGACGGGGACGCAAGAAGAGGCCCAGACAAAGCCGUUCGUGAGCUUUCGCCGCGGCGGUUACUCCGACGACGGCUCCUUCCGUAUGCGCCAACUGAGCCCGUCGUCCUUUCCGUCGCAGCUGGACAACUCCGACUUUCGCAGCUCACCGCCCUCGCAGCUGCAAGACGCUGUUCCUGCGGUCACUUUCUCGCCCACCGACGAUGACCCUCGACCAAACACCGGCAACAUGAGCAACAGCCCGCUGAAACUGUUUGGUAACCAUGACACUUUCACCAACAACAAGCUGUUGCGCCGCAUGAGCCAGUUUGAAGAAACUCUCGGCGAUGAGCUGUCCGACGAGGACCAGCCGGCGUCUCCCACACUCGGCACUCGCAAGACACGCGCAAAUCGAAGCCUGCCAAACCUGAGGCGAGGACAAUCAGAGGAUCACUCCCCACGCAAGAUUGCUCGCCCUGUUACUCAGGAUGCGGCAGAUCCCCGCAUGAAUCGGUUUGGCAACGGGCAGCUAGAUGGGUUUGGCUUUGCCGAUGAGAGCGCGCACAGCGGCCGAGUUCCAAAUCUAUCCUUUCAGAGCAGGUACAAUCGAGGAACCCAAUCAAACCGGAGGUCAUAUUCACGAGUUUUGGGAAGAGAUCCUUUACGAAAAGCAAAGAGCUUCGACUCUAUUCCUGAAACCAGACGAUCUUUUAGUUCUCGACAGUACAUAACUUCACGCAGCAAUGAAAACAGUCAAUUGACUCUGCACACACGCCGAAUUCACUCAGGCACCACACAUACGAGCAACUUGCCCCCGAAAGGCUCCACUCCCAAGCGUCGACGGACUCGGGAAAAAACAGACGCUUUAUAUGACGCUGAUGAACUUGCAGAGUCGUUGCUGGAGAUGAACCUGGAAGAAAGGGGGUUCAGGCAUCAAUUGCAGCAAAGCAGCCACUUUUCGCCGGCCACUGGUCACUCCGAACAAGAGAGAAAUCAAUGGGAACGUAGCAAUUCAGAAUCUCCUUUUGAUACCGAUGCUUCUAAAGAAGACCUCGAAAACGAGAACUAUAAGCGCUCUCUAACAACUGACGAUUAUCUCGACCAAGCGACAAAGGUGAUGAACUUUAUCCGUGCAAAAGGCAAAUAUCAAAGCGGGUUGACUAGCGUGGAAGAAUCGGAUAUCACCAGUCAGGACAAUGAAGAAGACACCUUGACAGAAAUAUCUAGUCCGGAGAAUCUUUCCCGCCCCCCAAGUCGUGAUGGGGUGGACAUGCGAAAGUAUCGGGAGCCUAAACAACUUCAUCCACGUGUCGUCAGCCACCUCAAAAAGUUUGCCGACAAGGAGGAUGCAGAACAACUCAUGGAAUCCGUUGUGUCACACCUGGAUAAAGAGUCUCAGUCAGACACAAAAGGGGAAACUAAAUAUGAUGGCGAUAUCCAGAGCAGUCCUCAGAACAUUCGAAUUUUACCGCCACUCAAACGUAAGCAUCCUGAUGAAGAUCAAACCGAUUCGAUACCCAGCACGUCCUCGAAUGCUUCGAAUGCCCGAGGCAAUAUUGCUUCUGACAUGGUAUCGCACCUGAUACCGGAGCAAGUCAAUGGGAUGACCUAUGAUCAGUCAACGAAGUCCUGGGUCCGACAAAAAGAUGCUCGGGCAAUUGAGAGGCCACGAGGGGAUGAAAGCGAGGACGAUCCAUUUGGAAGCAUUCCUGAUCUAAGCGUUCACUCCACAGAGGAAGUUAUGAGGUCUUUUGCUCGCACCAAGGAUGGCCAAAUCACUGAGGGCCUGCGCUCAAGAAUCGAGCUUGACACCACCAAGCUUUCUGCAGGACAGCGACCGACGACUCGUGACGGCCCGGCUUUUAUUCCCGAUUCCAGCUCUGUCCAAUCCAAAACCACGCGGUUCACCUCCAGUGGACCACAACCAGAGACUCGUGCAACAUCUUGGGGGACAGAAGAUAUAACCAUCAACGUCCGCCAACCGUCAAGUCCACAUGCGAAACACACUGUGAAUGAAACCAAGUCCCUUCGGCCGAAAGCAUCAGGCCAAACGAGGUCUGCCACGAUCAGCUUUUCGUCGCCUUUGGUGUCCCAUAUUGUAUACACAGAUGAUGCUAAUGAGACACAAUCAAAUGGGACCACUACUGAGCACUAUGGCGAACGCCGCAACAAUGACUCAUCGACUCCUGGUACUUCUCUGGAUAAUCGUGGAUUUGUACGUCGUCCAAUAUCUCGAAUAGACGAGCAGAAUGAGGAAUCAAUGGAAGAAAUGAGCUUGGUCCGCAGAAUCUCGACAGCACAAGCGUCUUCAACACCACAGUUACACCGUGGCGGGAAUUCUCUAGCACAUCUGCAGUCUGCAGAAGGGGACAGCUACAGUUUCCACCUCAGCCCCCUUGCCGAUUUCACUAUGAAUCAACCGGAUGACCCAGUCAACCUUGAGAUCAGUUACAUCGCUCAACGCACCCAUCCUUCAUCUUUACGUGAAAUACAUGGGACUUUUGAACUUGCUGUGCAGGAUCUUGUGAAGCACAUUACAGACGUGGAACCAAGUGAGCCUUUCUGGGAGGACAUCCGUCGGCUGAACUUGAGAAACAAGGGUCUAAUUACGCUCCACCGUCUGAAUGACUUUUGUCCUCGCCUGGAAGCACUGGAUGUAUCGGAAAAUGAGCUUGGCCAUCUUAUUGGCGCUCCGUACACAAUUCGCGAUCUGCGAGCGUCGCAAAACUGUCUUUCAAAUCUUACUGCAUGGGGGCAUCUAGCCAACCUUCAAUACUUGGAUGUUUCCGGAAACCAAAUUGAGUCUUUGGAUGGGUUUUCCGGGCUUGUCCACCUACGCGAACUGAAAGCAAACAACAACAAGAUUCGCAGCAUUGAUGGUAUAUUGGAUCUGAAUGGUCUCUUGCGCCUGGAUUUGAAGUCCAAUGCCCUCACUUCCAUUGACUUUGAGGGCUCGGAGCUGACUCGUUUGAGUGAAAUUGACCUUAGUGACAAUCAAAUAACAACGAUUCGAAACCUCGAGUAUCUUCCGGCCUUGGAAACUCUUAACAUUAGUGCGAACCAGCUGAAAAAACUUCCAACUGUCGUGCCAAUAAAUACUUUACGAACCUUGAGGGCAUCCAAAAACCGGUUCGAUUCCUUCGAUGCAGCCAUGUUUCCCCAUCUCAAGCUACUUUAUCUUGAUGGCAACUAUUUGAGCACGCUCUCUGGUCUAUCUAAAUGCAGCAGCCUUGAAAUACUGUCCGUGCGAGAACAGUUUGCUGGCACAUCGCAUGACUCAGGAUCACCCUUGGAUAUCGAUAUUGCUCACCUGACCGACAUCCGAAAGCUCUAUCUUUCAUCAAAUAGCUUGUCGGAACGAACGCUGUCGCCAUCUGCUCCUGUAUUGGGCUUGCAAUUGCUUGACAUCGCGUCAUGUGGCCUUCAAGCCAUUCCUUCUCGCUUUGGCAAACUCUUUCCCAACCUUCGCGUUCUCAACUUAAACUUCAAUUCUGUCAGCGAGCUUGAUAAUAUUGCCGGCAUGAGUGGGUUGAGCCGAUUAGCGGUGGCGGGGAAUCGUGUCGGCAGGCUUCGCACGCUCUGCCAGGUCCUAAGCAGAAUUGGCCGAUCGGCGCACCAUAGCGACAGUCCUCUCCGAAACAUCGACCUUCGUGGUAAUCCGCUUACAAUUGGCUUCUACCCUCCCCCCAUCUCGGGCAGUGGAAGAGCUGAUACUCAUUUGAAACUGCUGGAAAUCCGGCGCCAAGAGACUGAGAUGCGCAAAAACCGAAUCGAGCCGGAUCUAGGCUCACUCGCAACAACGCCUGGUGUCGCUGAUGACUUCGCGGCUGUUGGACCGAAGAACGGCGAAAACGCUAUAGAAACGCGGACGGAGAUCGAGAUUGAUGACCCGUAUACUCUCCCUCUCGCUGAUGCCACGGCGGAUCAAAAGCAUCGUUCUCACUUGCACGAGUCGACCAAAAAACGGCGCAUGAUGUUGGAACUGCUGAUGUAUACAACCACCGGUGGCUCCCUGAAAAUGUUGGAUGGACUUGAGUUGAGACCGAUUCUGGAAGACGAAAAAGCCGGGAUUGACAAACUUUGGGCUCAACUGGAACGACUGGGCGUUUUUAAAAAAAAAAAAUUACGGAUGAUGCCGGUAAAAGCAUCGUAUCCACCGGCGCAGACUGAUAGCGAUGCAUGGAUGGUGUAA